CGGGAUUUACAAAAUGUCAAGUAAUCAAGAGAAUGUAUCUUUUGAUCCUGUGAAGUGGAGUGAAUACUUUAAUAUACGAGAUGACAUAGAACUUGAAGGUGGAACAUUUCGCAUCUAUCGACGAGGUGUUGAGGGCCCUCUGUUAUUUUUCUUGCAUGGUGGUGGAUUUUCAGCACUAACAUGGGCCGUUUUGAGUGUCCUUAUAACUGAGCAAGUAAAAUGUCAGUGUUUGGCAGUUGAUAUGAGGGGACAUGGUGAUACGAAGUGCUCAAAUGAUGAUGAUUUUUCUGUCGAUACAUUGUCAAAGGACAUCAUUAAAAUCAUUUUUGCUAUGUACCCCAUGGAGGCCCCACCAAUAAUCCUUGUUGGUCAUAGUAUGGGUGGAGCCGUAGCUGUACAUGUGGCUUGUAAACGAACAAUCCCUUCAUUGGCUGGUAUUGUUGUUAUUGAUGUUGUUGAAGGCACCGCUUUGAGCUCUUUACGAGGUAUGACAGCCUUUCUACGUAGUCGUCCUCAAAGUUUUCGUUCAUUACCCCAAGCAAUUGAAUGGAGUGUUCGAAGCAUGCAAAUUCGUAAUGUAAAUUCAGCUCGUGUAUCUUUCCCUGGACAAUUGAAACGCAUUUCAAGCGGUCAAACUGCCACUAGUGAAUUAGACGAGGGAAUUGCAUUUAUUUCAGAAAAUGUUCCUCCUAUACCUGUAAAUUCAGUGUCAGACAGUCGAAUUUCUUCUGUCAGUCGAUUGUCAAGCCAACCAUUAGUUGAAAAUUCAGAAUCUGAUGAAGAGGAAGGCGAAUGUGAAUGUGAAAAUUUUGAAGUUUCUACCGAUGUUACUGAUUCACAACAUGUAUUAGAACAUAAUCACAAUUCCUUGGAACUUCCUAAACAUUCAAAUAUUGAUGACAGUUUACAAUCAGAAAAGCUGAAUCACGCAUCACUUUCAUCUAACAUAUCCAAUUCAACUGGCGGCAAAUCUCAUCAUCCUAUAAAUAAUGAUAAUGAUAGCAGUACUAACAAUAAUGAGGCCUCUUCCUUUUCUACUCCUUCUCUCUCUCCACUGGCCACUUCAGUAUCAUCUCAAUCGAAUCGUUCACAGUAUACCUGGCGUAUAGAUUUAAUGAAAACACAGCCUUUCUGGCAAGAAUGGUUUUCUGGUCUGUCGAAAUUGUUUCUGUCAAUACCUGAGCCAAAAUUACUUUUAUUAGCUGAUGCUGAUCGAUUAGAUAAAGAUCUAAUGAUUGGACAAAUGCAAGGGAAAUUCCAGGUCCAAUUAUUCCCACGUACUGGACAUGCUGUACAGGAGGACGCUCCAGACAAGGUCGCUGAAUGUCUGGCCAGAUUUUUAGUACGAAAUCGAUUCACUGAAGGUCGCUCAGACUCGUGAAGCAGUUGAACAUAAGUAUCUCAUGCCAAAAAUGACUGCUGAAUUCCACUCGUCUUAAUUCCUCUCUGCUACUACUACUAAUACUAAUACUAUUAUCAGUAUUAUACACAUGUAUACUGGUUACAAGUGUUUUACAUGAAUAAUGGAUUCAAUCUUCAUCAAAUCUAUCACAGUUGACCGCCUAUGCACACACAAAUACAUGUGCAUAUACGUGUGCGUGUGUGUGUGAAUGUAUUUGUGUAUUUGAUUCACCCUUAUUAUUUCAUCAUUCAACAUAUAAAAGCCACAAAAUUUCUAUACACACAUGCAUAUACACAUUAUGUUCGUUAUGUACGCAAGUAUUGUUAAUAUUCCUUACUAUUAUUAUUCUUAUUCCUUCUAUCCAUGGAAUUCUCCACAACAUUACUACUUGUGCAUUCAAUGGCUUACUACUACUACUGAAGAGAACUGCCGACUUCUCAAUAAUCUGCAUUGAAACAAAAGAAAGUAGAGGAAGACGAUGGACGAAGGAGAGGCAUGAGUGGUAGAUCGAUUAUCUUGACCAUUUGAAUUUCUACCGCAAGUUUUCUCUCACAUACACACGCCUUCGCUCGCUCGCUCAUGUACUCACGCGUUUUUAGCGUAUCUUGAGCACAUACACAUAGUUUUUGUUUAGUCUUUAUUUGUAGAAAACUCUGUUCACGUUUUCUUUUCACAUAAUGAUUUUUCUCGACCCCUCUCUCUCCCUUUUCUUUUUUCGUCUGUCGCUCCUGCCUUCACAGUAUUAUUCACUGCUUAGUUUCCCUGUCAAUACAAUUCUCAGUAUUCUUUUCAAAAAUUCUGUCUUGUUCGAAAGAAAGCAUCAACAAUCAAUAUACACACCUACAUUUCCCUCCCAAGUUUUCUAUUACCAUUAUUGAUUAUCUUAUUUUGAAGUGUAUCAGGAUUUUGCCGGAAACAUAAAGACACCUGAGUGGACGACAUAUUCAAUUUGUAUUAUUAUUAUUCUUAUUGUCGUCAUUACAUCAUAUUUUGCUGUACAAAUUGUUUACAUCAGAAAUGUAAAAUGCUUUCCCGAAGAUGAUUUCGAAAUCUUUUUUCCUGCCUCCCGCCCCUCCCCCUUCCGCCGGCUUCCUACACUCUCACUCUCCUAAUUCUUAUGUCACCUUCUUAUUUUUUUAAUUAAUUAGUUCUCUUGUUACCAUCUCCUUGCUCAUAGUUACUACUGCAUUAUGCAUUGUUGAUAACUCGUUCAUAACUUGUUACUACAUAAUUCUGUUAUUAUUGAUAUUUUGUAAUACCCGCCACCCCACCCCCCUGAUUCCACCCCAUUUUCUCUCCUGUCUGGUUUUAUGAUUAUUUUUGUGGGUAUUUCUAUGUGUAUGUGGAUACGUGUCUCUUUGCUGUUUGUUUCAUAAAGUUAUUCGAUCCUUCACUGAACAGUCUGAUUUAAUCAUUUUGUGAAAGAGAUUUUGAGGGUUGGUUGGAAUGGGAUGGGAAGGACAGGAAGUGUGACAUUCACUCUGAUAUACUACUGUCCUUACUUCUGUUAUGUAAUCAGUUUAUGCAUUAUUGAUGCAUUGUAGUUAUUUCUUUGCCUAUAAGCUUAAGCUGCCUGAUAUAUAUAUAUAUAUAUCAAUGAAUUCAUUGCUCAGGACACACAGUAAUAUAUGUAUAUGAUAAGAUUGAAGUAAAAUAUUUAUGAUGCACUGUUAUUCAUUUUUGUCUUUUUUUUUGUCUUCUUCACAUUUUCAUAUUACACGCG